AUGGGCCAAGACCAUGUUAUCAUCGUCGGAGCCGGCGUCAUCGGUCUCAGCAUCGCAGUCAAACUAUCCAAACACAUGAAAGUCACCAUCAUCGCAAGGGAGUUACCCGGAGACGUUGGAAUUGACUAUGCCUCCCCAUGGGCAGGGGCACAUUUCCGCCCCACCCCCGCAAAAACAGACGAAGAACGAAAGGAACAGGCCUGGAUGAGACAUUCCUACCAAGAAUUCGAGAAGAUUGCGAAAAACCACCCUGAAGCCGGCGUAGAUUUCAUUCCUGCAGUCGAAUAUUUUGACACUACCGACGCGACCUCGUUCCUGAACGAAGAAAAUGGCUACACCACAUGGCCGGACUUUCAUAUCAUCGACCCUGCGCAGUACCCAUCUCAAUAUCCAUCGAUCCAAUUAGGUGUUACCUACCGUUGCUGGGUCCUGAACUCGCCGGUGUAUUUGAAAUGGUUACAGACACGGGCUGAGGCGCAAGGGACUGGUUUUAUUCGAGCUCAUUUGACGGACCUGGAACAGGCCGUGUCUGUCUAUCUGGAGACUAAAUCCCAGGAUGAGAGCGAUCAUGUUUCGGCUGUUGUCGAUGCAAGUGGCAGGGGGUUUAAUGAUCCGGAAUCUUUCCCCUCACGUGGUCAGUUCAUUAUCGUCUCCAAUCACUGUGAGAAAACUAUCAGUCAUCAUUGGAGCGAUGGCUCCUCUACGGUCAUCAUACCCCGGCCUCUCGGUGGUGGGACUGUUAUUGGUGGGACGAAGGAGCCUAAUAACUGGUCUGAGGAUAUUGACGAUGCUUCAACGAAAGACGUUCUGAAGAGGGUGAGAGAUCUAUGCCCCGAGAUGAUUGACGAGCAGGCGGAUGAACUGGCUUCGACAAAUGGGUUCGAUGUCAAGCAGGUAUACGUUGCUCGGCGACCCAUGAGACGUGGUGGACUCAACCUUGUCUUGGGGUCAUCUGUGGCUCUUAAUGACGGCCAUGUUCCGGUGAUCUCUUGUUACGGUGCCGGCGCAAGUGGAUACAAGAUUAGCUGGGGGGUGGCAGAGAAAGUUGCCGAGUUCUUGUCUCCUACUAAAUAG